AUGCAGCAAGCAGGCUCCAUCCUCCCAACCGGCCACAGCGUGCAUCAACGAGCAAUGUUGAACGUUGACGCUCAACCCGUUCACGUCAACCCGCUCACGGGCGACACCCGCGGCACCAUCCCCAUCGUCGUCAACGACAACCACACAAAAACACCAACACGCAACAUGCAUCUCUCCACCACCACGCCCCUCAUGGCCCUGGUCGCCGUCCUCUUCAGCUUGGCCACCCAAGCCCUCAGCGCCGCCGUCCCAGAACCUCACGCAAACAUCGGCGCCAGAGCCCCAUCACCACCCCCACCAACCGAGGAGUGCAGCUACCCCGACUCGUGCAGAAUCAACCCCGCGCUGUGCUGCGGUUAG